CAAAACAACCCAAAAUCCUCUUCAGAUCGUUGUCUUCUCGAUUCGCAAAUUCUCAAUUGAACCAGUGGGGAUAGUGUGCCACGUAGCAAUCGAGAUGAGUGAGGUGUUUGAAGGCUACGAGCGUCAGUACUGCGAGCUCUCAGCAAAUCUCUCACGAAAAUCUAACUCCGCCGCCCUUCUUCCUGACCAUGAGAAGAAGCAGAGGUUUUCUGAGAUUAAAGUUGGAUUGGACGAUGCUGAUGCUUUGAUUCGGAAAAUGGACCUUGAAGCCAGAAGCUUGCAGCCGAGUGUAAAGGCGGUGCUUCUUGCUAAGCUAAGGGAAUAUAAAUCUGAUCUCAAUAAGUUGAAAAGGGAAAUCAAAAGAAUUACAUCACCUGAUGCCAAUCAGGCUGCUCGCGAAGAGCUGUUGGAGUCCGGAAUGGCUGACGUGCAUGCGGUUUCUUCUGAUCAAAGAGAGAGAAUGACAAUGUCUGUUGAGAGAUUGAAUCAAUCAAGUGAUAGAAUCACGGAGAGUAGGAGAACCAUACUGGAGACUGAAGAGCUUGGUGUCUCCAUUCUCCAAGAUUUGCAUCAACAGCGGGAAACUCUCCUGCAUUCCCAUCAAAAACUUCAUGGGGUAGAUGACGCCAUUGACAAGAGUAAAAGAGUUUUAACUGCCAUGUCACGGAGGAUGACCAAGCAUAAAUGGAUCAUCGGCUCA